AUGGGUGACGCACGCUCUAUCGUCUCUGAGCCGCCCAAGGACAACAACGUCGUCGCAGUUGACGCGUAUGCUCUUGUCCAAGCAAUUCUCGGUCGUACGGCUGAGAAACCGAAGAGUGACUCGGACCGCACCGAGACACUUGACUACGAUUACCUUCCGGACAUCCGCAGCGACAUGAUGCUCUCAACAUUCGAUGACAGUGGCCCUCGUCCUGACAACCAGCCACAGAACGUCAGGAUCGGGUGCGCCAACCCCUACGCUCUUGUUGAGGCCAUGCUUGGUCGACGAAUUGAUCGAAAUUCGGUCAAUGCAUCAACUCUGAUCUCCCAAGUUCUGCAGACCGACUAUGAUGAGCUUUUUGAUUUGAGGAACCAGUCCGUGCUUUUUGCCGGCCUUCAGCUCAAUGAGAAAGAGCGCAUUGCUACACAGCUCCAGGAGAAGGACAUCCGCCUCCUGAGUGAGCGCGAUCUUAUGACGCCUGACCUAUCCCGGGUCCAGCGUCUGCAAGACUUGGAGCAAGUCGGCCUCAAAGACCUCAAUCAAGUUCGCGUCAAGCAUGCUCGGAUCCAGAACGGCAAGAUCCGUUUGGUCAUUCAAGCCAACGCCAAUGGGAACCGCGUUGCUCGUCAAGUGUCCAACCGCGAGCUCACUCGGACCAUGAAUGAGUUUAUGACUCCGUUCCGGUUGCGCGGCAAGGACGAUGAGAACAUGCCCGGUCGGGAGAAUGAAUAUUCACCCCCGAAUGCUUCUUGGCGUGACAUGUACGACUAUUUCUUCCAGAGCGUUAAUCGCCGCCUCGUCAACGAUGUGACCAACUUCUCCAUCGGCGACGGACGCCGUCGUCCUACACACUUCUUCGAUGACCCGACCCAAGGUGCCUCCACCAACAGCUGGCUCAUCGCCGCCAUGUUCUCCGUCUUCUGGGCUAGCCCUGCGACAAUCAACCGCGCGACUCGUGUCCACCCGCACAAUGAGCGCAUGGAAGACGGCAAUGAGGAUCGCCGUGCACAACGCCACAUUCUCCGCGUUCGCUUCCACGACAAGGGUGGCAACAACAACAACCGUACCGAGACCGUGGAGGUGAACUACGAAAUCCCCAUCACCAACUCCAACAAUGAGCCCGUGUUUGCUCGUGCUUCUGACGGCACGGACAUCUGGCCGUCCCUGUAUGAGAAGGCCUUUGCCAAGUGGAUCCUGGGCAGCAGCAGCAAGAACGAGCACCACCCUGACAUCACCUGCACCCACUCCGGUGACCCGAUCAAGGCCAUGGCGCAGAUGAACGGUCGUGACCCACAGUACUUCCGCUGCGAGAACCACAGCUCCAACGAGCUUCUCGGCGUCGUUCGCCAGAACUGUGUGAACAACAAGACCAUCAAUCCCAUGUGCGCCUGGACUCACGCGACUGGCCCCAUGUACCGCGGCAGCAACCUCGUUGCCAACCACGCCUACUCCAUCUGUGGGUACGCCGUUGUUGGCGACAGGCAGUACAUUGUGCUCCGCAACCCAUUCGGUGUCACUGAGCCGGCUGGUCUGACCAGCUACCCUGGCCUGCUGACCCGCAUGGACCCUGAGAUCUGGCAGCCAGCUGAGCUGCUCGACCAGGGCGGCCUCUUUGCCCUGGACACGCGCGCCUUCAAGGAGUGCUUCCAGUACAUGGGUUGCGCAAAGUGA